AUGGCCCAGGGCUAUGCGGAGCAAUGGGUGAAUCCUGAGCGCGCCGGUCAGCUGGAAUGCUUGAUUUGUCACUGCGUUGCCCGCGAUGCGGUCGCCACCCAGUGCUGCGGCCAGUUCUUAUGCCUGGGGUGCUGGGAGCAGUGCCAGGGGCGAUCCACGACCUGCCCCCACUGCCGCCAAGCCCCGGCCAGCGCCGACCCGGCCAAUCGAGACCGCCGCGAGAUCCAAAACCUGGAGAUCCGAUGCCCAAACGGAUGCGGCGCAACAAUUGCGCUCCUUGCCAAGGAGAGGCACAUGGAGAGCGGUUGCACGCACCGCCGAGUUCGCUGCACGGACUGUGGCGAUGAUGUCGUCCAGAAGGACCUCAAAAACCAUCGCGAACUCCACUGCGCAGUGCUGUUCGAGCCUUGCCAGGUUUGCGGCGAAAAAGUUCGUGUUGGGAGCAUGCAGGCCCACAUGGAGGCGAGGAUGACCGCAGAGUUCCAAGGCACUGUUGCCACCCUGGCCCAGGAGGUGUCGGAACAGAAAGCUCACGUGGCUCAGCUGACUCAGGAGCUCCAGGGCUUAAAGAGGGAAUUCGCCACAAGCGGCAGCAAAGACGCCGCUGAGCUGAAGCAGGAGCUCCGAGAUUUAAAGAGGGAUUUCCGCACAAGCGGCAGCAAAGACGCCGCCGAGCUGAAGCAGGAGCUCCAGCUGCUCAAGCAGGGCCAGGCGAAGCUCCAGGCACACCUCGACAGCAUCACCGGCAACUACAGUGCUUCAACAGUUGACACCAGCAGAGGUGAUUCCUUUCGGCCGCGCUACGUCCGGACAGCCACGAAUUGCGACCUUUUUCCUCGAGUUCACUUGUUCUAG